CGUCAAACAUAAUUCGUGCAUGUAUGUAACAAAACGCGCCGUCUCCGUCGAUGUAAUAAUAAUGCCGUCGCUACGUAUAGUGCAGUGGCUGUGGCUACAUUUUUUCCUUUCGAGUGUCGUGCCGGAGUUUAGUGCUAUGGGAGGUAUUUGCCCAACUGCGUGCACGUGUAAGUGGAAAGGUGGUAAACAAACCGUGGAAUGCAUGGAACGAGGACUUAUAGCUAUACCGGACAGCAUCGAUACCGAAACACAAGUUUUGGAUUUAUCGGGAAAUAAUCUUCAAAUUUUACAUAGAGAAGCAUUCAAUAGAACUGGUUUAAUAAAUCUUCAAAGAGUAUUUUUAAGAAGCUGUCGUAUCGGUCAAAUAGACAAUCUAGCGUUUAGAGGACUUACCAAUUUAAUCGAAUUAGAUAUAUCACAUAAUCUUCUUACUAGCGUUCCCUCGGGAACGUUCAAAGAUAUCCCAUUUUUACGUGAUUUGAUUAUUUCUAAUAAUCCGAUUCAAAAAAUCGAAUCUCAUGCUUUCCAAUCUAUACACGGUUUAGUGAAAUUGGAUUUGUCCAAUUGCGAAAUUCAAAAUGUUGCUCCGAAAGCGUUCGAAGGCAUAGAAAUGCUCGAAUCCCUCAAAAUAAAUGGAAAUCGACUUUCUGAGCUACGUUUACGAACGGUCGAAACUCUAACGCGACUCCAUGGAGUAGAACUACACGAAAAUCCUUGGCACUGCGAUUGCAGAUUACGUUCAGUGAAAGAAUGGUUACUAAGAAACAAUAUUCCUUAUCCAGAAAAUCCUGUUUGUAGUGGAGGACCUGAACGAGUUAUACACAAAACUUUCGCCGAAUUACAUAUCGAUGAUUUCGCUUGUAAACCGGAAAUAUUACCAGUUAGCAGAUUCAUAGAAGCUGUUGUUGGUGAAAAUGCUACUAUCACUUGUAGAAUCAAUGCUGUACCAGCCGCUCAAGUUAAAUGGUACUGGAACGGAAAACAACUUCUUAAUAAUACAGUUUUCUCUCCCCAUCAAAUUAUUAAUAUAUAUGAAGAUGGUAAACAAGAGAAAAUAAGCAAUUUAGUAUUAACGAAUGUCCAAGAAGGAGACGCCACUGAAUUCUACUGCGUAGCAGAAAAUAGAGCAGGUAGCUCCGAAGCAAACUUCACUUUAAGGGUGUCAUUAAGACCGUUAGGAAUAACUUCUUUAGGAAAUGGUCAAAUUGCAGGACUAAGCGCUGCUUUAGUAUUUCUCAUUUUAUUCAUAUUAGUCAUCAUAUCGAUUUUAUUAAUUAAACUCAGAAGAAUACCUUUCACUGAAAGUAAAACACCAGGUCACGUAGAAGUAGUUACUGUCGUCAACAGUGGUAACAUUCCCAAUGGAAAAUCUGUUUCACCUAUCAAUACUCCCGAGGAAACUUCCUCUUUCACCGAAAGAAAACCACCAGGAGAAUUAACUUUCUGCAAUCCGAUUCAAAAACCUCCUCGAUUAAAUGACGUUCCUUACUCCACUGUUCAUUACAAUGGAAACGGGAGUAUAAUAACCAGUAUAGUGUCUCCAUCUUCAGGAUCAGUCAAUAACCCAGAUUUGAUAAAUGACACCAAAAGCGGAGAAUUACCUGCUUCAACCGAGUCGCUCGAUAGACCAAUGAGCGGAGAAUACAGCAGAAAUCCGGAUUCGUUAUAUCCAUCUGGAUUAUGGAGUGGCGAAACGAUUCCUGCUGUUCUUUCAAGUUUUCAAUAUAACGAUAAAACGCCUAUUAUGCAUGACGGAACAAGCACUGGAGGUUCCGUUGAAGAACUCAAUUUUCGUUUAGCUCAAGGAACUAAUCGUUUAGCUUCCUAUCCCUCGGAUUACGGUCUUCCUAUAGUAGAAAACAAAACAGAAAACGUUUCAAUACCGGCAUCUCAAGUUAAUUUACCAGCAAACGCAAAGACGUUAAGAGUGUGGCAAAAAGGGGCGGUACCAGUAUUACCUCCGGUAACUGCUUUAAAAAGAGUAUUGACUAAUAAUAGGAAUUCACCCGAUGAAGGAUAUCAAGAAGGCUGCGGUACCGAUGUUUAAAUAGGUUAAAACGUUCCUAAAAAAGUAUGGACUGUAUUAUUUAGGUUGCUCAAAAUGGCAACUUUUCUAGUGCUGUGAACGAAAAAAAAAAACCUUGUAUAUAUUUAUUUCCCUGUGUGAUAUUUGGCUCUUAGUCAAGAUAUUUAUAUAUAAAUGUGAAUAUUGUGAAUAAUGAUUGUAGUUAAUGUUGAAUAAUAUUGGAGUAUACAUGGUCAAAAGACUGAUUUAGAUAGAGUUUGUAAAAGAAUAUGUUUCUCUGUAUUAUUAAAUUGGGUGAUGAGAUUUGAUUUAAGUCUAGAAAAUUGUCAAAGACUGAUGACACUGCAAUAAAUCAAAUCAAAAUAUCUGAUUAUCCUGAUCAGUUGGGCCAGGAUUCGUGUGAUUCCUUUUUGUAUCCUUUACAUAAGAGUAAAUAAGAUAGAACUAGUCGGAGAACUACGGAACGCGCAGUCCCAGACCUAUAAAAUCGAGAUACAACUGUUAACACAUAUGCAAGAAGGGCUUGAAAUACCCAAUUAAUCUCACUUGGAAUGAAAAUAUAAUUACUGAUUAAAAAAUUGAUGGCACUAUCAAAAACGCGUGGGGUGUUUUCUAUGACAUUUUUAAAUUAAUUUUGUGUUUCGAAAUAAAGCUAAUGAAAAAUUAUAACGAGUGAAAUUGGGUCUUAAAUUUCGAUAUCACGAAAAUGGAAUAAGAUAGAAAGGGAAGACCUACUUAGUGAGUAAUUUCGCACUAUAUAUCAUGAGAUGUUAACACUGUCAUUGAUUUUGGAAGCAUUUCGACCUUCUAAGAGCAAAUGAAUGAUGACUAUUUUGUUAAAAACAACUGUACCAAGUUUAACAAUAACAUUAUUGAUUUGAAAACGUUAAAUGUCAAAAUAUGCUUCUUAACAAUGUCAAUUAUUAUUGUGGGUUUCUUGAAGCCUACAUUUACUUCAUGGAAACCGAUAAACAGACUUCAACUACAAUUUGAAAAUUCAUUUUGAAGUGAAUUCAUAAAUAUCAUGUUGUAAGGUGUUGAACAACUCUCACUGAAACAGGACUGUUACGAGAUUUGCUACUUAUGGUUUGAGAUAGACAAAUAAAAACAAAUAUUUAUAGUUGGAUACAGCUUUAUUGUUUUUCAAAAUAUUCUCCAUUGACAUCAAUACACUUUUGCAUACGUUUAAACCAAUUAUCGAAGCAUUUUUUCCAUUCCGAUUGCGGUACCUCCAAAACAUGUAAUUGAAAGGAAUCAACCGCUUAUACAAGUGUAGCAAAACGUUGACCUCGUAAUUUAUUUUUAACCUGCGCGAAUAAGAAGAAAUAAUUGUUGUGUCAUUGUUCGAAAUAGUACAGGAAGUCUUUUUUGUCGGUUCCUCCAAGGCACACUCCCAUUUUUUUAACAACUCUAACGGACUUGUUCCUUUUAACGCAAAUUUUAUCUUAGGAAAGAAGUAGUAGUCGCAAGGUGCAAGAUCCAGCGGAUUCGUGAUGUUUUUCUUAGUUAUAAACCUCUUGAUGGACACUUUUUAUGUAUAUGAAAUUUUCAGCACACAUUCUUCAUCAAAUAUUCAUUGCCAAACACUUGUAAUGUUUUGAUGAAUUAUGUUUCAAU